ACGACGGCGGCGGCGGCGCGGAGCAGGAGGAGGCGGCGGCGGCGGCUGAGGGCCCGGCUUGGGAGGCAGCAGCGGCGGCUGGACUCGCUCAGCUUCUCCUCGGCUCCACCAGCGGGACCCUCCCGGGCCAGAGGCCGCCGCCGCGGGACGGAGGACCGCCGAGAGAGCAGCAGCGCCGCCGCCGCCGUGGCCACCUCGGAUGCGGAGGUGGCGGCAGGAGGAGGCGGAGCGACCUGCGGGUGGGAAGGCCGGGCUCGAGGGUGAGGGGCGCUCGCCUCUCUCCGCCGAGGCCUCCGGGGAAGGGAAGCGAAGCCCCACCUUCCUGCCCCCUCUUCUUCCUCCUGGUGAGGGGGGAACCUCCGAGGAGAAGCAGCUCAACUUCGGGCUCCCCCCCCCACUCCCAACUUUUCAGCCGCUUCUGCGUUUUAUUGGUUUCUCCAUCCAAUUUCUACACUUUGGGGUGGGGAUUAAGGAUUGGGGCUGCUCCCCCCCUUUUUUUAACUUCCAGGGAAGAUGCCCAGAACGGUUUCUGUGCCCCCUUGAAGCUUCCCCACCGCACACGCCGCCACCCCCCGCCGCCUCUCUCUGAAAGAAAACAACCAACAACCCGCUUAAGAGGAAUUAUAAAUGCGGGACAAGAGACCCGAGAAGCUGAAAGAAGGAAAAGUUCCUGCGCUGCCUAACGAGAGGCGGGUUGGAGGAGCGCCCUCCCAGCUCCUGCGGGAAUAGAGAAGUUCUCCCAACUUUUUUGGUAUCUUCGGGUUUUUUUAAGUAGCGCCAUCGUGACCUAAAGUGAGCUUUGUAUACUGUGCACUGUUGAUUGAUUGUCGGCCUAGAAGCACUGAAAACAGUUGGCCCCCUUUUUUUUUUUUUUUUGGCCACACGCUUCUCCUAACCUGGCUUUUUUUGUAAGCCAGGAUUAGAUAGGAAGGGAGCUUGCUUGAAGACUGGGCUGUUCCGUAUCUUGCUGCUGCUGCUGCUCCUGUUGGACCAUCUCCUUUUCCAAGCAAGAUUAUUUAUCCUCUUGUUUGCGGUUCAAGGAUUAUUUAAUGAAUGGAUUUUGUAGUCAAUCUGGAUGGCUGCUCUACCAUUUGAAAUGUUUUUGGAAAUCAUGCCGAGUUGCUGAAAAGAGCUGAUAUUGCUGGAAAAUUUUAGCCUCUGGCAAAGCCUUUUUUGUUCACCGACCAAGAUGAUGUGCGAGGUGAUGCCAACUAUCAGUGAGGCAGAGAUUCCCUCAGGGGGAAGUGGAAGCCAUGGUUCAGGUUCCCCCUUACAGUCGGAUGCUGAUUCCCAUUUCGAGCAAUUAAUGGUAUCCAUGUUGGAGGAACGAGAUCGCCUUUUGGACACACUGCGAGAGACUCAAGAGACACUAGCAUUAACACAGGGUAAACUGCAUGAAGUUGGUCAUGAAAGGGAUUCACUACAACGACAGCUUAAUACUGCACUGCCACAGGAGUUUGCGGCACUUACUAAAGAACUUAAUGUUUGCAGAGAACAACUCCUUGAAAGGGAAGAAGAAAUUGCAGAACUGAAAGCAGAACGAAAUAAUACAAGGCUGCUGUUAGAGCAUUUGGAAUGUCUUGUCUCCCGGCAUGAGCGAUCUCUUAGAAUGACUGUAGUAAAGAGACAGGCUCAAUCUCCAGCAGGCGUUUCUAGUGAAGUAGAAGUUCUCAAAGCACUAAAAUCCCUAUUUGAACACCACAAAGCCCUUGAUGAAAAGGUAAGGGAAAGAUUACGAGUAGCACUUGAAAGAUGUAGCUUGUUGGAGGAAGAACUGGGUACUACACACAAGGAGUUAAUGAUUUUGAAAGAACAGAACAAUCAGAAAAGAACUCAAGCUGAUGGGAUGCCUGAUGUUAAUCAUGAUCAGGAGAAUGUACCUAGCACUAAUGGGAAGAGAUCUUCCAAUGGCUCUCUAAGUCAUGAUGAAGACCUUGCUAAAGUAAUAGAACUUCAAGAUGUCAUAGAGAUGCAAACUAAAGAGCAGGCUCAAAUGAAAGAACGUAUAACGGCCCUUUCUAACAGAGUAGCAGAACUGGAAGAAGAUCUUGAUACUGCUAGGAAAGAUCUAAUAAAAUCUGAAGAAAUGAACACAAAGUUGCAAAGAGAUGUAAGAGAGGCAAUGGCUCAAAAGGAAGAUAUGGAAGAGCGAAUCACAACCCUUGAAAAACGCUACCUCGCUGCACAACGUGAAGCUACAUCCGUGCAUGACCUCAAUGAUAAACUUGAAAACGAAAUUGCUAAUAAAGAUUCUCUGCACCGACAGAGUGAAGAUAAGAACAGGCAGUUACAGGAGCGACUGGAACUAGCUGAGCAAAAAUUGCAGCAGACUCUCAGAAAAGCAGAGACUCUGCCAGAGGUGGAGGCUGAACUGGCUCAGAGAGUUGCAGCACUUACAAAGGCUGAAGAAAGACAUGGUAACAUUGAAGAACGAUUGAGGCAGAUGGAAGCCCAGCUAGAGGAGAAAAAUCAGGAAUUGCUAAGGGCUCGACAAAGAGAGAAAAUGAAUGAAGAGCAUAAUAAACGUUUAUCUGAUACCGUUGAUAAACUUUUGUCUGAAUCUAAUGAGAGACUUCAGCUUCACCUUAAAGAAAGAAUGGCUGCCCUGGAAGAUAAAAAUGCUCUUGUUCGUGAAGUUGAAAAAGCUAAGAAACACGUUGAAGAGCUUCAGAAUGAAAAGGAUCAACUGGUACUAAACAUUGAAGCAAUGAGGUCUGAAAAUGACCAGAUGAGGAUCAGAGGCCCUUCCCUUCAUCAUAGUCGACCACAUCUGGGUAGUGUGCCAGAUUUCAGAUAUCCACUGGCACCUUCAGCCAUAGCUGACAAUCAAACAGAUUCUUAUAGCACCUCAGUGUUAAGACGUCCACAAAAAGGACGUUUGGCAGCUCUGCGAGAUGAACCUUCAAAGGUUCAGACUCUUAAUGAGCAAGACUGGGAGCGUGCGCAACAAGCAAGUGUGUUGGCAAAUGUUGCACAAGCCUUUGAGAGCGAUGUUGAUAUCUCAGACGGUGAGGAUGACAGAGAAACAAUAUUCAGCUCAGUUGACAUCUUGUCACCUAGUGGUCAGGCAGAUGCCCAGACUUUAGCCAUGAUGCUUCAGGAACAGUUGGAUGCCAUCAAUAAUGAAAUUAGACUGAUACAAGAAGAAAAGGAAAACACGGAGCAGCGAGCAGAGGAAAUUGAAAGCCGUGUUGGUAGUGGGAGUUUAGAGAAUCUUGGCCGAUUUCGGUCUUUGAGCUCUCUUCCUCCUCCUCCCUUUCCUGGUGGCUCCCUUUCCGGCUCCUCUCCACCUGGCAGUGGUCGUUCCACCCCGCGACGAAUGCCACAUAGUCCUGCUCGAGAAGUGGACAGACUAGGCAUCAUGACACUACCUAGUGAUUUAAGGAAACAUCAUAGAAAGUCUCCAGUUUCAAGAGAAGAAGUUAGAGAUGACAAGGCUACAAUAAAAUGUGAGACCUCGCCACCCUCUUCACCUCGAUCUCUGCAUUUAGAUAGAACCUAUAAGGGUGCCUUGCAUACAGUGAGCCAUGAAGAUUUAAGAGAUCUAAGAAAUUCCACAGGUUCUCAAGAUGGACAAGUAAGCAAUCCCAGCAGCAGUAAUAGUAGCCAAGAUUCCCUUCACAAAGCCCCUAAAAAGAAGGGGAUAAAAUCCUCAAUUGGGCGCCUAUUUGGUAAGAAAGAAAAGGGUCGACCUGGACAGAUCAGCAAAGAAAGCGGAGGACAAGUUAGUGUAAUGGAAGCAGACAGUUCAACUCAGGAUGGCUUGGGACUUGGAAAAUUGGGAGGACAAGCAGAAAAAAAUAGAAAAUUGCAAAAAAAUGCAAAAUCAGGGCAUGAACUGCUUGAGGAAGCCCGGAGGCAAGGUUUACCCUUUGCUCAGUGGGAUGGGCCAACUGUGGUUGUCUGGUUAGAGUUGUGGGUUGGGAUGCCAGCCUGGUACGUAGCUGCUUGCCGUGCAAAUGUGAAAAGUGGUGCUAUAAUGUCAGCCUUAUCUGAUACUGAAAUACAACGUGAAAUUGGAAUCAGUAACCCUCUACAUAGGUUAAAGCUGAGACUUGCCAUUCAAGAGAUUAUGUCACUAACAAGUCCAUCUGCUCCUCCUACAUCAAGAACGACCACAGGAAAUGUCUGGGUAACACAUGAAGAAAUGGAAAAUCUUACAUCUACACCACAAACGGAAGAUGUGGAAGGAAGCUGGGCUCAGACCUUAGCCUAUGGUGAUAUGAACCACGAGUGGAUUGGCAACGAGUGGCUUCCCAGUUUGGGGCUCCCUCAGUAUCGCAGCUACUUUAUGGAAUGUCUUGUUGAUGCUAGAAUGCUGGACCAUUUAACUAAAAAAGAUCUCCGUGGUCAACUUAAAAUGGUUGACAGUUUUCACAGAAAUAGUUUCCAGUGUGGCAUUAUGUGCCUGCGGAGAUUAAAUUAUGACCGAAAAGAACUUGAAAGAAGAAGAGAAGAAGGUUUAAAUGAGAUUAAAGAUGUCCUUGUCUGGAGCAAUGACAGAAUGAUUCACUGGGUGGUGUCGAUUGGUCUCAAAGAAUAUGCAAAUAACCUUAUAGAAAGUGGAGUUCAUGGCGCACUUGUGGCCUUAGAUGAAACUUUUGAUUACAAUGCAUUAGCUCUUUCUCUACAAAUUCCCACUCAAAAUACGCAGGCUCGUGCUGUGCUGGAACGAGAGUUCAACAACCUUCUAGUUAUGGGCACAGACAGGAGGUUUGAUGAAGAUGAUGACAAAAGCUUUAGACGAGCGCCUUCAUGGAGGAAGAAGUUUAGACCAAAGGACAUACGGGGUUUAGCAGCUGGAUCAGCAGAGACUCUCCCUGCAAACUUCAGAGUUAACACCUCAAUGUCUUCACCUUCUAUGCAGCCAAAGAAGAUGCAAAUUGAUGGCAAUGUAUCAGCAACACAAAGAUUGGAUUCUGCUACAGUAAGGACUUAUUCAUGUUAAAGCCUUUUAUUGUUUAUCCCCACUAUUUCUACAGAUGACCUGAAACAUUUUGAAUCAAAGACCGUAUUUUGGAAACAAUUCAAAUCUUUAAUCUUGUUAAUACUUGUUAAAUCAACACUUUGAAAUAUUUUAUUACAGAGUUUUUAAUUAGAUGAAUUUGUGAGUACUAUAGAGAAAGUAUUUUAGACUUAAAUGUUUCUUAUAUUUAUGUAAGUGUAUGUGAGUCUUAUUACUUACCUUUGUAUUCAGGCUAUAAAUCAAAUUACUGCCGAUUUGUUAAUUUUAGUCUCUUCAACUGAAUGUACUGUAAUGCUUGUAUGUAUCUACCCCUAUAAGCAAUGUAGGAUUUUUGUAAAUUAUGCAGUUAUUGUAAUUAUCAGUAAUAAGUUUUUAAUAAUAAACACAGGUGAAAAGGAUUUUACUAUCUUUGUAAAGGUAUCCUGACUCAAGCAGUAUAUAUAUUUUGCCAUUUGGAAAAUGCUAGCUAGCUCUAAAAUGUUAAAUAAAUCCCAUUUUUUCAGAGAAGCAUAUGUUUAUUAAUAAAGUGGGCAUGGUACCUGCUUCUAUUUCCGUUCAUAACUCUACUUUUUCCACCUAGCAUAUGAUUUUAAUGUGGAUUUAUUUAAGUCUUCUGUUCAAUAUAACUUGCUUUAAAUGAAAUUCUAAAAUGUGGGAUUUAUUUGAAUACUAUGAAAUGUGUGUGAGACCUGGUGAGCUCAUUUAUAACUACUUUUUUGUGGCUAUAUUUGUACAGUCUAUGUUCAUUGACUGAGCAUAAGCCAUAAGCGGAAAUAUUUUCUCUUAACUGAGGAUAGCUCCUAAUAGUACUCAAUAGGCAACAAAGUGCUCUCCUGUAUUUUGAUGUGAAAUUGUUUUUCAGAAAAAUACUGAUGCAAUUCUUCUAAGUGGACCAAUCAUGAUGCGCAACUGUCUCAUGACGAAAAUGCUGAUGGCCCAUGAGGCUAAAGCGUGUAGUAGUGCAACUAUUAAAAAGGCCUUAUUUUUCUUACGCCAUCUUUUGCAUAUAUUUAUAAACUUGUUUUAAAUUCUGGACGAAAGAUUAAUUGUUAAUAGCGUUAGCCAUUUCAACCAAUAUAAGUAGAAAAUGCAUCAUUCUUUUUUUAAAUAGCAUCUUAAGAGGCCAGCGAGGAAUGAGUUCAGAUUAUGGUGCAUUAUUUAUUAUGCAAUAAUAUAUACAGCAUGUCUUUUUCUGUUUUGGUUUUGGCUCUUUUUAAUUGUACGACUGAAAUCCAUUGUUACUGUUUUGUUGUUUUUCUAUUAAUCUUUUAUGUGUACUUCUGAUUAUGUAACAAAAUAUGUACAGACUAAGUACUUUUGAACUAUUUUUAUCACAGUAUUAUUUAUUGCUUUCUUUCAAUAAAGUACUGAAGCAUUUUUUUCCACUGCCAACAA